AUGUUCUAUAGAUGGACGACUAGUCCGAUUGAAGAUGAAGCAGCAGCUGAUGAUCCAAAUGGGAAUGCAAUCGCAAGAGAGUCAGAGCCGUGUGCAGCAUAUUCAUCGCAAUCACUCGUUUUGAAGUGUCCGUGUGAUGGAGAGAGGAUGACAAGUCAAGAGAAGUUGAAGGUGGAAAUAAAUCAACAACAGUGUGCGAUUGGCCAAAACCAGCAAAUAUUGGCGUAA